AUGCAAAAUUUGUUUAAAAACCUUUCAAUAAUCUUUUUUCGACAAAUUAAAAAUAAAUCAUCACCGUCGUCAUCAUUUUUAACAAGAAGGAUAAUUUAUUGUGAUCUUACAACCACAAAUACUAAUCAAUUACCAAGACAACAAAGUAUUGUCACAAGAACUAAAGCUUUACCAAGUUUCGAUGGAAAUAAUUUAAAAAUUUCAACAAUAUUCAGAAAUGCAAUAAUAAAAGAUGAAGUAGAUAUUGCCUGGUCAUUAUACACUUCAUCUUCAAAAAGAAGAGACAAUAAUAACAAUAAUAAUGGAAAUUUAACAUAUGCAGAUUAUUGUGAUUUAGCAAAAUUAUUAAAGAACAAUGGAUUGGGAGUUUUCGAGAAUUGGAAAUUGAUUUUACAACAAAAUGAAAGACAUCCAUCAUCCAUAAUACCAAACAAAACUACACUAAGUAUAAUAAUAAAUUCAUACAUAGAAAAUAAAGCAUCAAUUAAUGAUUUUAAAAAACUUUAUGAAUUAUUUAAGGCUAAACGGUUUAAGUUGGAUCAUCAAAUUUACGUUUCGUUUAUACAUGUUUUUGGUAAUUUGGGCGAAAUUGAAGAAUUAGAAAUUGUGUUUAAAGAUUAUUUGAAAUUAAAUUCCUUGAAAUUGAAUUCUUCGGUAUUUGAUUCGAUAAUAGCUCAGUAUCUAGAAAAUAAGCUGGAUAUUGAGAAAUCAAUCGCAAUAUACAAACAAAUGCUCAAUAAAUCUUUAAAGCCACCAAAACAAACGUUCAAUAAGAUAAUUAAUGCUUAUUUUAAAAAUAAUCAAUUUGAAAAUGCUAAAAAUUUUUUUCUUGAAGAAAUGGAAAAGAGAUGGAACAUUAGUGUUGAUAUUGUUACUAUUAACACCAUGAUUUCUGGUAACUUUAGAGCUGCUCUCUAUCACUCUGGUCUAAUCAGUGGUGGUGGCGGUAAUAGUGGCGAUGCUAAUAGAUCAUUGGUUGAUUUGUAUGUAGAAGAUGCAAUAGAAUGGUAUUUAUAUAUUUAUAAAAAUAAUAUGAACCCAACCCUUGUAACUUUUCAUAUAUUGUUGCAAGGAUUUGGUGAUUUGAAACAAUUCGAUCAAGUACAAAAAUGUCUUAAAGAAAUGCAUGAUCUAAAGGUUGAGCCAGAUGUGACAACAUUUCAUGCUUUGGCAGAUAUUUAUGGCAAAAAUCAAGAUAUAAAAAGUUUGCUAACAAUAUGGAGUGACUUGAUAAAUAUGAAAACAAAAUUAAACAAUCAAAUAAUAACAAUUGACACUUGGAUAGUUUUUAUAAAAUCAUUGAUUUUUUGUAAUGAAAUGAAUUUAGCUUUGAAAUUUUUGAAUAGUGGGAAAGAAGAAUUUGGUAGUGAUAAAUGGAAUAACAAUGACAUAUUGAAAAAGAUUCUAGCUAAUCUAAAAGAACCAUCCAGCUAUCUUUUCCUUAAAAAUCCAAAUAAAAUUAUUGCUGGCUUUAGGAAUUUAAUAUUUCUAUUAAUCCCAAAUUUCUGGAGAUUGCAAAACUUAUAUAUGUGUUAA